GGAACGGCGGAGAGCAGUCCAAGGUGCAAUCGAUGGGCAAACCUGGACCUGGCGCGGAUCCAAUCAUUGCCUUCAACCGAGCAGCAAAGUCUCUAGCACCUCUGGUUUCCCCUAUUCCGUUGACAACCAAUUUAAAUGGGAAUCGCUAUGUUGAACGAAGCAACAACGUUACAGUAGAUCCGGACUUGAAUUCCGUGCGAAGCAAGCCAUCGGCAUCGCGAACAAUUGUUUCCAAAAACAAGGGCAUUACUGCAACGGCAACUGACAAUCUUGGCAGGUCCUUGAAUUCGCAUGGACAACACGGGACUGAUGACCAAGGGGGAUUAGAGGGAGAGGGGUUUAUUACCCCCUCGGACAGGCCAUUCUUGGGGGCUCCUGUAGAAUCCCCUAGGAGGUUGAGCUGGCGGCCCCUUAAGUCUCAAAGACAUUCCUUUGCUCGCACACAGUCUGCAUUUAGCACAGCUUCAUUUCUCCGGCCACAUCACAUCCCUGAACGCCUCUGGCUCAGGGUUGGACGGUUGGCUUUCAGGGGUGCUGGAGGAGGCAGAGGAGGAGGAGUGGGAAGACGAGUGGAAAGUGGAGAAGGUGGGCCAGGACGCAACAGCCGUUCGUUUGCCUCAAACACAAGGUAUGGGCUGGGAGAAAUGUCUUCCACAUGGUGCUUUCUCUAUGGGGAGACUCCUCGACGAGUUGGUGAUCCUACCAAUCAAUCAUCGCUCUCGGAUAGAGACCGAAGUCCUACAGAUGAUGACAGCAGUAUGGCUUCUACGCAUGGCCUCGGGGCUAUGUCUGCUGCCUCUCCCAGGGAAGGAGAGGCACGAGGGGACUUGAAAUCUGGCCGAGAAUCAGACGAGGAGGAGGAGGAUGAUGACGCAGACUGGAGGCAGAAAUCUUCAGACCAUGUCACCAGGGCCUUUGACGAACGAAGACCAGAACAUGCCAGGCCCCAUUCUGUCAUACCUACGACAUCACCUGAACCAAGGAUCUCAAGCCCCUGGUCCACCCAGAUAACUGGCCACAGAUCAUCCCCCCUGCAAGAUCACAGGAUUCUCUCCUCGACAACCCCCCAGCCUCUCCAGUUGACUCAGCAUCCCAACACACCAGCUGCUGCCCAAAUACUAUUCUCAUCUGAUCCAUACUUGGCUCAUAACAAUCUGCCGUCUGCCAGAACCACGAGGGUCGAUUCGGCGUCUGAAAACAUGAGUGCGAGAGCGGAUGUCAGAUCAGGAGCAUUGCAGGCAAUGCCGAAGUCAGGGUGGUCAUCUCCUCAAAUUGACGAACAUGGAGUUCGCUGGCCUGUGCAGAAUGCUAAAAAAACUGGCAAUAACCCCCCUAUCGAGGUUUGGGAGGCUAAGAACAAUAGCAGGGGUCCAGUUUCCAAACCAGUUACACCAGGAAGGAAGGGUCUGGUUCCCCCAUACAUGGCAAAAGCGACCAGCGAACUCCUCAACACCGACGAUUGGUCGUUUGUGAAGGAUGACGAUGCGUUCUUGUCGUACGUGACCGGAAUGUCAGCGGAGGAGAGAGAUGCAACGACUCUUGCAUUCGCAGAAGAAGUUGCCCAGAGGAUUGAAAAGUCGAAGCACCUCCGUUCGGACCUGAGUUACAAGGGAGCAAAGAAUUCUUUUCCGGAUGUGACGGAGCAGCUUCGAGGGUUCCAUGGAGGUCAGGACUGGUUGCCAAACACCCACUAUGUGCUGCAAAAGUUUGCUGCACGAGUUCGGAAGAGAGGGUUGGGAGAUCGGGAGGAAGGAGGGGAUGCAAAGAAAGGGGCUUUGGCGGCAGGGAUACUCCGCGUUCCCGGCAACAAGAAUCUUGAGCCAAAGGAAGCCACCUGGCAACCGGCUAUGCAAGGUUCUGUCAUGGGAUUAUCGAAGAGGAAGAAGAUGCUCAAGGGUAGGCCGAAGUUGUUCGAUGCACAAGCUAGCGUGAGGGCUCAGCAACUCAUGACUGUGAGGCAAGCAAUCCAGAUGACAUUGGCAGAUGCUCAGCAAGCAAAGGAAAAGUUUAGGAAGGAAAUGAACCCGGACCUGCAAGUCGAUGAAGAAGACAUGCCUCCAGCAUCCUUGACUACAGGUGACGUGAAUCUGGAAGUGUCACCGCCGAAGGGUGGCGGGGAUGAUGAGCUAAGAGCAACUGUCACUGCUGAAGUCACAUCAGAAGCUGGGUUGCAGUCUUCCGAAGACAAUGAGACGGCUGUGCCAAGAAAAGGCGCAAAGGAAAAGGAGGCGGAGGGACUAGAAAUGGCUCAAGAGGAGGUCAAAGAACUUUACCAGCGAACAAUUGGGAGCAAGCUGAAGGUUUUACCGGAGCAGGAGAUGCCUCAGGCAAAGUCAGCUGAUCAACAAAUGGAGAGUGAUGUGAAUGAGAGUAAGAUGGCACAGCUUCCGCCUCACGUCCGGUUCAAGGAUGUAAAGGGGCGGCCGGACCGACCCCUUUUCUAUUUGCAUCCUGGGCAGACUGUUGGAGGCAGAGCGCAGUUCCCCAGUGACAAAGGGAAGAAAUGGCGGAUCUAGGCACUUCAGAGCGCUUUCUCGCCCACCCG